UAGCGUCGAGUUUAGUAAGUAAAUUAGAAAUAACUUAGUCCUGGGGUGAAGUUAUAGGACAAUGUCGUGAAGAGGUGACUACAAGAGAGGGGUAGAAGCCCAGGCGGCCACUGCUGAUCGAUGCUGGACGACAAGCUCUCGAGUUCAGUCAGCUCGAGGCGAGCAUUGCGUGAGGUUUUGUGUGAAGUUUCCUCCUUAAAAACACAGCCCGAGGAGGCCUUUGCCAUGGAGUGAUCUCUGCUAAAAACUAUCUUUGUGCCGUGACUCUCAUAACACCCGAGCCCUUCGACUGCUGUGCUACAAGGUUCUUUCUGGACUUCGCUGGAUUGUUGCACCAGACUGGAAUCAAUGGAAGAUGGUCAAGAUUUGCAAACUGGGAGAUGAAUUAUUUCAAGAACUGUGGGCUCAACUUCCUAAGUUUCUUGUAGCCCAUAUGCUGGGAAAAUUAAUUACGCUAAAGAAAUUAGAGAAUUGUUAUAGUCUGUCAUAGGCUCUUCCUAUGUCCGAGUUUAAUUUCACCGACUGUGAAAAAGUUAAUAUAAUACGCAUAAUGUGUGCAUAUGAAUCUGCACAAUAUUCACUAUACAAAGAGAUGGAAUUUCAAUUCUAAAUAUAUUGCAUGGAAACAUCAACGUCCAAAACUUGCAUUUAUCAGACAAGUUUUAAGGAAGAAGAAAUUUGAACUGUGUGGACAAGACGAUCUUGAUUUGAAGCUUGUGUAUCUAAGCAUAUCAAUUAACGCAAAGUACAAGAGUCUAGUUUGUUAUUGUUGUAUGAAUGUUUCUUGCUUUCUAAGCCUCCUGGUGUUCUUCGUUUUGAAUUUGCCCGCGAUGGUGGUGGGAGAGUCUCCGAAUCCCUUCUUCUCACAAUCAUCAGAGACCUCUUCGCGAAAUUCGUCCGUAAAACAUUUCUUCAUCGACGUAACAGCCUUCACAUCAGAAAGCCUGCACCGAAAAUUGGCUUCAGAAUUCAAGACAGGAAAGUCAAAAUUUAUUUCUGGCUACAAUAGUGGAUUCAAGGUUGUUAUCCCGGGAACUGAGGUAGACUACCUCACAAAUGUAAUUUGUUCGUCGGUAAAAGAACCUGCAAAGCAAAAUCAAAUUCUGGAACGAAUUAUUUCUGGAAGUUCCGUCUGUGAUGCUGUCGAAUUUGAAAACAUCUCAUACGGAAGCUCAAAGCAAAAGCAGUCGACCAGACCAGUGGAAGAAGUAAGCCUAAUAAUCGCAAGUGUCUCGCAAGAAAGGGUUUCUUCACUCAGAGACACUUUUGGCGAGGUCACUGCUUCACCAUACUCAAGAUAGCGCCAGGCAGUCAUGACUCCUGGAACAUAGUCGCAAGUAAUCACUUUUCGAAGGCUGAAAUGCCUAAAAAUCUUCUCUCUGAAUUCUGCUGUCCAUAUCUACAGUUACUUCCCAACUUCUCUUCAAUUGUUUCCCUAACUUUUAAUGAAGCCAAAGUUUUGUUGUUGAAUAGAAAGUCGUUUCUAUCUGACGACGUAUCGACAAACGAAAGAAUGAGAAGAUUGUGAUCUUCGUAGUUCGACGUAGGAAACAUUGUUCCUUCACCGUAGUCUUAUUCCAAAUGAUUACUACUAACCUUUUUUUCUUACAAACGGCGGCAAAGUGUGAUUUUCUUAGAAUCAAAGAGUAGUCUGUUCCAGGUCAACUCUCACACUUGCUUAGUUAUAAUUUUUUUUGAUUACGUAAGUUAUUACAACCUCAGGUCAAGAAUACAGAACAUUCUCCUCUCUGACUUCCGAUCAAGUUUCUCUGAUGAACAAUACGGUUUUCUCUGCCUUCAUCAAUGCCUCAACCGCCGUCAAUACUGCAGUUGUCUCGAACUCUUAUCUUCAUCCGGACGACUUCAGUUCGCGACUCUUCGGUGCUCCGGACUCGCUUCCGGAGACCGCAAUUUACGAUGCCUUUACCGCUGCAAAAGACGUCCUCUUUGACGCGGGAGGAGGAGGCGGUAGAGGCGCUGACGAACCAAUUGUUUACAACGGCUACACGUCGGCAGUCCACGGCUAUGGACACUACGACAUGGGCACGAGUGGAGGGCAGUUGGAGUUUAUGAGAGGAAUGGAAGUCGGCGUUGAGAACUUGUCACAGGCAACCAUCAUAUUGAUUGUCGGAGUGGCCAUCAUCAUCUCGAACAUAAUUGUACUUGCUACAUUCAUCACUAUGCCAGGUCCCAAGGACGUGAUCAUGUACUACCUCAUGUCCCUGGGAGUGGCCGACCUCAUGGCUGGCGUGGUCGUGGUCCCCCUCAGCGUAUAUCCAGCCCUGGUGCAGCGCUGGGUGUACGGCAAAGGCGUGUGCGGUUUUGCAGGGUACAUUGAAAUCACCAUCUGGUUCACACAACUCUACACCUUCAUGUGGAUCAGUGUUGACCGAUACUUAGCUAUUAGGAAGCCUUUGAGAUACGAGACGGUGCAAACAAAGACCCGUUGCCAGUGUUGGGUGGUGUUCACUUGGCUCACGUCCAUGAUGCUCUGUUGCCCUCCGCUCCUCGGCUUCGACUCGUCAAGUCACUGGGACAGCAGAGCCUUCGUGUGCUGGCUUGACUGGGGCAGCAUGCUUGCGUACGGCUUCACUCUUGUCCCUAUGGUGCUCGGACCAACUCUCAUCACACUUGUUUACACCUACGCUUACAUCUUCUAUACGAUGCGUCGCCUUAAGCAGUGCGUCGUAGGCCAAGAUAAAGAGUUCAUCACAGCGUUGACGGCUAACCUGGCUAAUCCCGAUCACGCCAUGUCCUUCGUGUUAGUUCUCAUGUUUUGGGUGUCAUGGGCGCCUUGUGUCAUAGUUAGAACUUAUGAAUAUCUCUCUGGUAGUGCUAUUGAUGUCCGUUUCCUCCACUUUAUAGUAUUUUGGAUAGGCGCUCUCAACUCUUUCUGGAAAUCCAUCAUUUACGUAGCGUUUAGCCCCAAGUUCCGCAAGGGCCUCAAACUUUUUUGCUUAUCCUUGUGUUGUCAGAGACAGAGAUAUGAACAAGAAGAAGUUAUAGAUUAUUAGAAUUCAAAGUUUUAUUCUAUUUAUUCGAUUCAUAAAAGAUUGAUUAAUAUUUGUGUAUUUAAACCGUUAUUAAUUGUUAUAUUGCUAAUAUUCUGAUAAAUGAACAAGACUAUGAGUCACAUGUGAAGCCGUGGCCGUGAGAAAUAUGGCAUAGAGUGCAAUGAGUAAACUAACUAAGGUUAUUCACUUGCUGUGGUCAUAGGUUAGGUGAAUGUGGGUGUGUCCUGUAACUUGUUAAGCAUCUUUGGAUGAGCAGCCAGUAGCGCUUUUUUAGGCUUUUUCGUACCAAUGAUUUAUAGGAUUAUUUCAUUAAAAUGCCUGAGUAUGUAACGCUAGAAAAUAAUAAUUCCUAGAAUAAACGGAGAGACGACACGUGAGGUUCUGCUUGAAUCUGGCUGUAGAAAACACUGCAUUAUCUUUGAUAGUGUCUAAGGCGGGAUUAUUCUUCAACCCACCGAUUACCAGAGUAUUGCUAGACAUUCCAGAGUUCAAUUUGCACGCUUUUUAGCCUCAACGCCAAUUGUGGUACGUGGUAUUCGCUACUACUGAAGACAUUUGUACUAGUAAUGUCCUCGCUGCUAUCUACUUCUAAAUAGCUGAAUAUCUAUACUAGCCUAUGCCUCUAUACUCCCCCGCUCUUGUUGCCAGUUCUCGCCUUGAAGCUCGCCGCUCUUGCCAACUCAAUAUGAAUUAUUCAGCAACAAGCUUCGCUCGAGUCUUAUUCGCUCGGCCAGCGUUGGGUCGUCAAUUCUGGCUUGUCCUGUCCAUUGUAAUAACUUAAUAAGCCGAUUUAUCGGCUAUUAAUUUUUUGAAUAUUGCAUUUUUGUAACCUCAGGCCUUUUCUCUCUGUGAUUUUAUAGAGAUUUUUUUGGUAUGGCACAUGGAAAUAGUUAUUCGCAAAGCUCGUAACGGUAGUGCCGUACAAGUUGAGCUCCGUGCAUGUGUAUUACGGAGAUGUUCUUUGGUAGAAGAGAUAUCGACAAAUUAAAUAAGUUACUUGGGCAUUUCGGAGCCGUGAAAAAAGUUCCAAUGUGCUUGACAAAUGAUUUUAAAUGCAUUGGUGGUCUGAAGCCAAAGUCGGAUCGCCCACUUGCUAAGUUUUAAAUUCGAUUAUGAUUGUCAUAUUAUUUAAACAUUAUUUUCACAUAAUAUAAACACGGUUUUCACAUUACUUAAACGUAAAUUUAAUAUUUUUACAAUAGUCAAACACGAUUAUCACAAUAUUCAGCAUGAAUAUCACUUUAUUCAGCAUGAAUGUCUCAUUAUUGAGCACGAAUGUCUCAUUAUUCAGCAUGAAUGUCUCAUUAUUGAGCAUGAAUGUCUCAUUAUUCAGCAUGAAUGUAACAUAUCUCAAUUUUAGCUCCACGACUUCAUGCCUAGAAUGUCUCAUGACCUCCAAAAUAUCCUAUAUUGACUUUAUUAUCUACGCGACACAUAAGCGCACGCUUCUUUGUAGUCGAUUGUCAACAAAUUCAACGUAUGGAUCAGCACCGUUUUUAUUUUGCGAAAAUUGUUAAGGUUUGGAUACCAUUUUUCUGAGAAAUGUACAGCUAUUCUUCGGUCUAUAAUCUUACAAUCCGUUUCGACAGUAUUUGGAACUGUCUACUUCGAUGAUGCAAGAACAUUCAGUAGCUUACUCUAUUUCUACAGCGCAGCAAAUGAACUUUUUCUGCAUCCAUUGAUUGACCUUUGAAAAAAUGAGGCCUGUAUUUUGAAAAAAGUUACAAAUUGGCUUCUAGGCAUACGCGCACAGUCCAACGUUCAUUUCAUUUACAAUUAGAGAUUACUCAGGGUUCAAGCUUCUAUACUAUUUAUAAAUCGACAUGAUUAAAUAAUUUUCUACUGUUUACUUAUUACUCAACUUUGAUUAGGAUUUUAGUGGAAAAUGUAUUCUAAUUUCAUUCGAAUAAGAGUGAAAAGUCAACUUGGAUUCUAGGUCUUGGGGUAAUGCCCCUUUACUAGAGGUUUUCGAGUAGCUGAAGAGUUGUCACUGCCGGAAGGCAUUUGUCGAGUUUGCGUUCUGACAUCAGUAUCAUUUUUUUGAUAUAGACUUUACUUUGUUAGUGGUCCGUUCGAAGUUGCAUUUUCGCUCCAUGCCACAGAGAGUGCUGUUGUAAUGCUAAGCUAACUUAACUUCAUUUGAAAUUUUGCGUGCUCGGCGUUGUUGGUAUCGCGAGUAACAAAAUUCGGCGUAGGACUAGGUAAUUGAAGCCAUUGAUAAGUUACCAUUGAUAAGCUACUUAGGCAGUCUUGGUUACAAAGCUACUCGGUAGAGAAAUGCUCAAGAAUUUUAAGUGUUUUCACAGCAGCAGUAGUUCUGUGAUUCGAGCAUUACAUUUUCGCCUCUCUGUUUGAUGCUGACAAUCUUUUCAAUUAAGUCCGGACGCUCGUAUUCAUCCGAACGUCAUACAAACAUUAUUAUGUUCUCUACUUGUGUGUGUCUCAAUGAAGAAAGUUGUCACAAUACGUCAUCAUUUUCAGAAGUGCGGGUUAAUUACAAAUCACAAGAUUUUUCGUCCUAAUGUAAAAAUGCUUUUGCUUCUUGUAAAAGUUGCGCUUUAUUGACUUCUUGGCAUGCAAAGAACUGCUGUGCUCAACGCAGAAGAAAAAUGGUAUCUCUUCGUUCACGAUAAGGAAGCUUCUAUUGGAACCUUUUCGAAAUGCUACAGUAAAAUACUUGAGAAACUUUGAACUAGAAAUUGAAGUUAAUUUAACGUUUAUGAUCGAAACGAAAGAUACUGUAUUUAUGAAUUUCGAUGGAAAUAAACGAAAUGCGAAACCUAAUACUUUUGACGGAAACAAAGCUAAUACGUCUUUUACUUUUGAUUGUCACGAAACUAGCACGUCUAACACAUUAUUCGUUUAAAAUUGUUAAUCUGAGAGUUCAUCACAAUUUGUAUCGUACGCAUACAAUAUUCUCACUGUUACAACAAUAUUCUCACCGUUUCAACAAUAUUCUCACCGUUUCAACAAUAUUCUCACUGUUUCAACAAUAUUCUCACUGUUAUUUUUGCUGGUCUGUCGUCAACGACAUGAGAGUCGCCAACGUAACUCAAGUCGCCACUCUCUGCUGAAAUGAUCAAUCUUAACAAAGGAAGGGAAAAUAUAUAAUCAAGUAACAUUUUGCACUUUAUAACGAAGUAUGUCGAUGAUUGAUUGCUCGAUUAUCUUUGUUGUGAGUUUUAAAACAAACGCCCAUUACGAUGUAGAUGAAUUAGCUGAUAAGGGCUGUUGGCUUUGGAUUCUUUGGUCAAAGACAGAUACUCCAUUAUAUUGGUUAUUUUACGUUCCUUCUACCGAUAACGUAAACACCAGUUCUUCCUAAAAUCAUCAUUGCUCAUCUGGUAACGUUAAGUUUCUAGACCCGCAAUGCGUGUUUUAAACGAAUUACGGAGCUAUUACGUGUUCUAUUCGAAAUAUGAAGAUGCUUAAUGUUUUGUUCGAAUGAUGCUGUGAAAUGAAAUGUUAGAAAAAGCUCAAUAUAAUAUAUAAAUAUUUGAACUUUGUUCUGGAGCUAUUCACAUUUUAAUACUUGUAAAAUUUAUCUAACUGACGUUGCCUGUGUGACGCCUUGUACAAUUAAUAGAUAUUUUCUAUUCGCUCCUUUCAUCGCAUGGAAAAUUUAUGAUACUUUACAAUUAAUUCCCGUUCGUCAUUUUCAUAUGAAAUUAUCUAUCAUUGACUACUACUACUACUUUCAAAGAGUAUUAAAAUGCUUAAAAUUCCGUUCAAGUAGUAAUAAAACUUAUAACUCCUUUCAAAAAGUAGCAAAAAUUCUUACUAUUGCUUGCAGGGAGUGGUUGAAUAAUCGCUCCUUCGAGGAGCAGUAAAAUUCUAUUCCGCUCAGUAAGUAGAAAAGUACUUAUGUAUAUAAUACUCUUCCUAAGAAAUGGUAAAAUAUUUACUACUUUUACAGGGAGUAGUAAAAUGCUAUUACUUGCUACUUCUCUGGAUGGUUAAUGAAACGCUUACUACUCCUUUUGGGGAAUGUUAAAAUAAUACUCAGAGAAGUAGUAGAAGUAGUAACAGCCUCACUUUUCCUUUGAAGAGUUUCAAAGAAUUUAUUACUCCUUUCAAGAUAUUAAAAUCUCUACUCAUUUGAAGUGGCAGUAAAAUGUCUACUACUUAUUUAAAGGAGCAGUAGAAUAUCUACUGCUCAUGUGAAGGAGCAUUAAAAUAUCUACUACUUAUAAUUUUUAUCUUGCAAUUGUAUUACCAACAAGAACUUCAUAAUCUACUCCAUCUUCUCCUUCUUGCAACAUUCUUCAGUGUAGUUGAAUUUGUAGCGAGAGAUUUAGUCAAAACCACAUUCAUGUUACUGAACAUUCUCUCAUGCGGGCUCAACGAUGCUUGACCUGCAUGUAAAAAUCAUGCAAAGUUUGUCGCUUCAGAACUGUUCUAGCCAUCGAUAUUAUUUUUUUAAUUUCAUUCACUCCCAUAAUUGAUCAGAUGAUCACAUUAGCGGCGUAAAUAAAGCAUGAAAUAUUGUCAUUUGGGAAACUUUUCUAAUGCAUGUUUUUAUGACGUUAUUAUUGUUGUGUAAGUCUUAAGAGCGCUGUGAUUGUUUCAGUUGUGUGUGUCUCUAAACUUUCUCACCUCUGAUUGCUGAUGCUUUAGUCUUUGUUAACAUUGAGUAUUUCGAUCGGGUCGAGGCGACCUCAUAAUAACUGAAGGUAUAAUACGCUGGUGAGGUGUGACUCGAUGCAGGAGCUGGUGCCAGCUUCUUGUCCUUUUAUUUUAUAAGACUACAACACUUAACCAGCUAAACAUAUCAAAGAUAUUGCCUUAAAAGUGUUUACUUUAGCAUCUUUACCGUCGUUUAAUUAAAGACGUUCAACAGUUUUCAAUUUCUGAAUUUCUACAAAGUUCAAGUUAAGGCUAUCAACAGAAUUUAAUUUCCUGCUUAGACCGAUAUUUUAUUUUGGUUUUUCUCAAUUACAUUUAUGACCUUCUGUGUUUGAUUUAGUUUUUAAACAGUCUUCAAUUUGGAGCUCCAACAUAAUGUUCAAUUUGAGGCAUUCAAAUUGGGUAAAUUAAGGUCUUCAACAGUGUUUUAUUAGUUAUUAUUAAUUAAUUUUUUUAAAAAAUGUCAUGAGCUAUUUUAAAGCUUCGAAGACUGAGGGUCGUUUUAGGUCCAGAAAUAUUUCUCUUCUAACACAGUCACUAAUAUCAUUUUUUUUUCUUUUCUCAUACAAUAUAAAUCUCGUGUGCGUACUAACAAACCUAUUUGUUUGAGUAUCAAUGAUACAUGGAAGUUAAAUAGUGAAGUAUUAAAAUGAAAAUCACUUGGAAUUACAGGUGAUUUUACCUAACUAUCAAUGAAUAAUUUGUUUUUUCAGUCAUAGUUUAAAACUGUUUCUGUAUUACGAGAAACUAAGCUCAGGUCUUUUGUUUUCGUCAUUCAUUUCGCUCCAGCUGAGAAUCAGUUGUGUGUAAAUUAAUUUUUUAUCUCCUAUAUAAUCUUGAACUAUUUUUUGAGAGGCUUGUUAAAUUGAUUAUGCAAUUCAGCAGCGUUCUCGUUUUUUAUCCAGUGUAAAAUUUGAUGCUAUGUUAAAUGCAUUUUUCUCGAGGGAAGCGGAUAUGGCCGCUCGCCGAUUUAGUAAAAUUUUGGUUCCAUUAUUUAUCAACCAUUCAAGUGGGACGACUUACAUUCUUAAAAACAUUGCAGUCAAUUAUGAGUUUGAUUUGGCAGUCAUCAAUGCUGUCGUAAAUGUAAUUAGCAACACUCCUCUACGAUGACUCAAAAAUGCUAAUUUUCGUCGAAAGUAUGGGUGGAAUCACCGCGCAAAAGAGUAACUGAACAAAUUUCACAUGAAAUUUCUGCAUUGAAAUUAGAUAGUUCAACACAUGAUUAUAGGGUGAACCCAUGCCACGUGAUCGAUAUUUAUUAUUAAAUAUAAUUCUAUUGAACACUGAGCUUGCUUUGAUGUAGGUGCCGCUGUUACCGUAGCGCUGCUAAACUAUUCAGUGCUAGUAAGAAAGUUGUGAACUAAGUCAAAUGUAUGAUGCGUUUGUGUGUGUACAUGUCACGUUGUCUCGUCUAUUCUAGAAUAAUUUAUAUCGUCAACAAUAGCAUCAAAACAGAAAUGUUGUCUGGUAGGAGAGUAUCGAAAUAAAAAUCACAAAAUUGCA